AUAAAAAUCAGUCGUUCGCAGGGGCUGUUUUGGCGUGGUGUCAGUGCUGUGUGGUUUCUGUGACGAGUUCGCGUGCAGUUCCGCGGUAAAUUAUCAGUGAUCGGUGGGGCGGUAAGUACACGUUCGAAUCAUCGAAAAGAAAUCGGCUCACGUUCUCCGUUUUCGGCGGCGUCCUAUGACACCGUGGAUUUAUCCGACCGCGGCCAGUAAAAUCAGCUGUGGAGCCGUGCGUGUUCUGCCCCUGUCGAAUGACCUAGAAAAGAUUUGGCGGGGAUCCUUACAAAAUUUUCGGACACCCGACUCGCCGAAUCAAUCCGACGAUUAUCGAACGAGCAUCCUCGAUUAAGGGCGUGGAAUGAUAAAUGGUGACGACCAGCAGCAUGGUGUAUGAGGAGAUAGUCGGGAUACGGGGCAGCUGACCCCAGCCGCCGCGCACGCUUUUCACGCGCGAGAUGCCCCACAACUUGAACUCCGCUUCCGCCAACACCGCCAACACCGUCAACACCAACACGGCUCCGAAUCAUCAGGCCUACGCGCACCAUCCUUAUCACCGACCCAACGGAGAUGGACUCCAGCCAGAGAAAGAACCGGUGGAGUUCGACACGUCGCACCUGCGGGGCGCGCCGGCCGAGGUCGAGGCCCUGGUGCACAACAUCAAAGAGGUGGCGCAGCAAUUCCUCUACCAUUGGAGAACAUUCCCGAUCGUGCUUCCACCGCCGUUGUCCACCUGCACGGAACCGGAAGACACGCUCGCCAGGAAGAAGCACCACCUGAGAGACCUGUUCGUCGCGCCCAGCUUCGACGAGCUGGACUCGGUCGCCGUGGACAGCAAGGGCGAGCCUAGGAGGCUGACCAAGAAACAGCUGGAGAGCAUCAGCAAACGGGGCUUUCAGAAGGAGAAGUACGGAAAACCGAAGAAGCUGAAUGCCACUCAAUUGGAGAGCAUUCGAAGAUGCGGGGAAUUCGAGGUCGACUCGAUCAACUUCGCGGGACAGACUCAUCGAUGGAGAUUAAGCGGAUUGUUGCAGCGAGGGCGGGACAGGAGACGGGAUGCUCUGCUCCGGGACCUUGCCCUGGCGACCAGGUUCAUCGUGGUCACGGCGAAAGCCAGGCUGGUGUCUCACUGUUUCAGCGUUUCGCAGUCCCUGAAGGCGUUCUUGACAGGACUGUUGCGACUUCUUGACAUUAUAAUUGGUGUACCAUCGCUUCAAGCGCACAAUCUGGAUGCAAAAAUCAGGGAAGAACGUUGUCGCUACUUGGUCGCCGAGUUGGUAUGUAGGCCGGAGUAUGAGGACUCGCUUGAACUGCUAUGCGGAUUCGUCCGGAAACAGCUUCGACGGGCAACUAUGGAGAAGUUCGAGGUGGAGAGGGAAUUGUCGCAACUUUUACCGAUCCCAGUUCCUUUUGUAUUCGGGACACCUGGUGGAGCGGUGGUUGACCUUAGAUUAUUUAGCAGAGACACUAUCAGAAAAGCUUUACCGAUUCUAGUUGCUAUUUCGGAGAGAGAGACACGAGGCUGGUUUCUGCAUUUCAGAGAAAGACUGAUAUCGGAGUUGAGAGCUCGAAAAAAGCCGGACGAAGAGAUCGAGAAAGAGGUCAACGAAGCAGUUAUGCGCGAGUACCUACAAAGGGUUUUCUCGAAUAUAUUGUCUCAUCCGGAUAUACUCGAUCUUGGUAACGGAAUUGCUCAGCUUCUGGUGCAACAGGCGCAAUCGGUCGUGCUGAUGCACCGAGCGGUAGAAACGGUGCAACGACAGUUGCUGCAGACCAAGGAAUCGCUAAGACGUCACAUCGAAAAUGAACACCCGGUACUCUCGCGAAUAGAGCCCUGGAUGCGGGACAGAAUGAGAGAGGUGGAGGAGAAGUUCAUAGAGGACUGCGAAUGGAGUGCUCACGAGGAAGCUCUGACUCUCUGCACCAAUCAGAAUCUACAACAAACGGUCUACUUUCUUAAUCGCGAUUUAACUUUUAUGAAAGAGAGGGAACCAGUUUUAUUGAAAGAACUGCGAAAAGUUAAAACACCAACAAGAAGCUUCCAAUGGCCGACUCAAAUAUGGCUUCCAAAGAACUGGAUCGUCAGGCGUAAUUUCCAAGGCCAGUCGGAAAUUAUACCAACGGUGCUGAGCAACACUCCGACGUCUAUUACAACUCCCCGCGCAGAUCCAAGUCAACCGGUCUUUUUAGUCGAGAGAGAAAUACUUCACACGACUACGACAAGGUGGCCUAUGUGGCGUUGGAUAAACUACGUAGCCAGGACAUGGUGUUGGACUUGGAACGCUAUGUUCCUGUUGGGCGUUGCAGUGCCGUGGUGUAGCCCGGUCUCCAUUAGAGCCUUGUUGCUCGUGCAAUCGUUUACCCCCGAUCUAGAAUUAAGUCAGCUAAAUGGCACCUUGUUCCCCAGAAAGUCUUCUCAAAUGCCCACCCUUUGUUCUCGAUUAAUCGCACUUUGGCGACACAUCAGCAAAAGUCGGACGCACUUCGAAACAGAACCAGAUACCGGAUUUAUUGGCAAAGGAAUGACAAGGCAUUUAAACAGACUAUGGAAUUAUGGCGUCAAGGGACUGCUAGGAACACUUGUAAUAUUAUUUGUUUUUCCUGUUGUUUGUAUACUGACGAGCCUGGGAUCACUUCUCGUUGCACUGACCGCAGUUUUGUGGAUGCCUGUAAUUACCAUGGCACUGCACGCGUUCAUGGCGCUUAUCAUGGAUCUUGAUAGCCCAGAACCAAGUAGGAAUCGAUACUUAGUCAUUAUGGAGGCAUUAGUUUGGAAUAUCGGCAUUCAAGGAUGUCUACAGCCGAUCGCAGCGUUAAUCGUAGCUCUUCUUUUCUGCCCCAUCAUUUCUUUCCUGAUACUUACAGUUUCUGUGAUACGUUACUGGAUUAGAGUGUUCUGGGACACGGUUAUGUUUCAUUUAGUAAUAAAGAACAGGGGUCGCAUACCUGCCAGCGAUAGCUUUGUAGUGAAACGAAUAGCCGGACCAGGAUUGACGUCCGAUUACUAUUAUCAAAUCAAGCCAGAACAAGCGCUAGCCGCUUUCGAAGCGAAACUAGAGCUGGACGAGUUGCUGGCCUUCCAGCAGGAGACAGAACGAUUGAUCACCCAACCGCAGAGAGACUUCACGCAAUUCGUCGAGGCUUGUUUUGGCCCAUUCGCUGCUAGUCUAGCCAAGACAAAGGAUCCGUACAGAUCGCUCGAAAAGGAAGCCAAAGAUCUAAUCGCUGUAUUACACGAGAAACUAGAUAGACGUAGGAAGAAUUUGCAAACAGGUCUCGGAAUGGUCGUGAGAAGCAAAAUAAAGCUGACUACUUUCGACCUGAAGGUAGUGAUACAACAGGGAGCACUCAUGUUAGAACGCCUCUAUCCUACUCACGUGUUCGCGAGAUUGUCAGGAAACGAGGAAGAUUUUUGGGAGAAUAAAGGGUUAAGCGUCAGCGACUGGGCUGGUCUGGCUGGCCUGAUGUACGCGGACAUAUUCAGUUUAAACUUCCUCCAGCCUCUCGACGACGCGGACACCAAGUUCAGACUGGAACCGCACCCGGGGGUUGAUCUGUCGCGUUAUACCGACAUGGUUCACAGUACUGAACUCGGCGGCACAAAUGGCCCGGACUUGUUGGGAGCAGUUUACGCACCACGCGGGAAUAUACAAGUUUACAGCCCUUACUUGGAGGUCUCGGCGUUCAAUCCACGAGCCAAGCAAACCAGCAACAGUAGAAAGUCUGAGAAACGAAGUGAUACCGGGGGGCUUUUAACGUCAACGAGAAACAAACGGCGAGCAACCACAACAAACGGUGUCACUGAAGCACGCUGGCAGCCGUGGAAACGUCAGAUCCGUCCUUAUAGCGCGGAGAAACUGCAAAUUCCUCUUCCCAUCCCUCAUCCAGCGCACAUAGCUGUUACAAUUCAUAAUCGCGACUCCGAGAAUCCGAUUCCACUGGAUUCAGAGCUGUGUCAGAACAUACUGAGAGCGAUCGAAGAAUCGCCCGGUGAAAUGUCCACAGAGUACGUUAGCCGCUACAGAGGAGCGGCAGAUUCCAGCUUCGACUCCGUAGCGUCGCAGUCCUCAGUUUCUAUCGAAACUGGUUUGGACAAAGACAACGAUACGCAGGAGACCACUAAUAUUGAGAAAGAGAGCGAAACUUACCACUGGACGUUAUCAAAUUGGGGAGGUGGUAUAACCAGAAGAAGAAACAAUUCUGGUUCCAUAAAAGUCGAUUUAGCAUCCCCGGAAGAUGUUACUCUGGACACGGAUACUACCAGAGUGGUGUUCAGUACCUACGGGACAACUGUUUAAGUUUAGAUCACUAUUACAUCAGGUAAAUAAUAUAUUAUAGAAAUUAUAUAUAUAUAUAUAGGUGCGAAUAGAAGACAACUGAAGAUAAGACAGAAACCGAUAUAAUAGCGUAAGGUACGAUCUUUUUGUCUAUAUAAUUUUAUAAAUUUGCAUUUAUUUAUUUGACUUUUAACGCUAUCGAGUAUAUUAAGUACACGUUUUGUCGUUGCAAAUUGAAUUGAAUUGAACUGAAACUUUUUUGAAUGCAUAUAUUUUCAACAAGGUCAUAAGACAUAUAAUGCUCUCGUGAAUUUGAUUUAGUUAUACUUUUCUAUGUAUAUCGUUUAAACCUAUCUCCGACAAGGUUACAUUUAAGAACAACGAAUAAGUAAGAGCUUCAUUCUACUUUUCAAUGCUACUGUAUCGUCAAGUACGGUAUUCAAACACAUCACAAAACCAUAGAUAUACAUAUAGGUGGAUAUAUAUAUCACCAAGAAUUACUCAAGUCAUUAUACAUCAGAAUUUUUUUAAACUAAUUCAAAAGAAUUCAUCACGCGUAGGCAUAAUAAUUAGUACGUAUCCGAAUAAAGUUUAGUCAAAUUUUCAUUAAUCUACAUAGUAUUAUUUAUGUAUUAACUGUGCAUUGCUACCGUUUUCAAUGCAAUAUGGAUGCUAUAUUUUGUGCCUAAUUGAAGAUCUAUUGAAUCUAUAUUAAGUAGCUAACCAGUGGAGAACGAUCAACUUUCAUUUGCUAAUUUAUCUGCCAAAAAACUCUUCGAUCCAAUUUUGUUACAAUAUAUCUAGAGUAAUAUAGAUUAAAUGUCGAUUUUAUUAAUUUUUAAUUGUGCUUUUUCGGGUGUUCCUGAUUGAUAAAUUAAUCUGUGACUAUUUCUAAGAGUAUUAAGUUCUUAUGGAAAUUAAGUGAAUUCCUGUGGUCGAUAUAAUCAUAAGUAUAGAAUGCUCAUCUGCAAAGUCUGGGAUGUCAUUACAGAUUCAUAACUUUUCUGUACACGGAUUAUAAACGGAGUCGAGAAUAAAUAGAAGUUUAGUGUGUGAACGGCCAGCUCCAUUAAAAAGCCUCUUGAAAUACAUGUUGCAAGAAAUUAUAUAACAUUCAUAUUAAUAUAUUGUACAUAGAUAGUUUAAUUGUAUAAAUAAACUUGUAAUGUAACGAUACUUCAAAUACAGUUUCUUGUUGCUUACGGUAAAAGACAUUUAAAUAAGUUAACAAACGUUUGCUCUCUCUCUCUCUCUCUCUCUCUCUCUCUCUCUCUCUCUCUCUCUCUCUCUCUCUCUUUCUCUCUCUCUCUCUCUCUUGCAAUAUUCACACUAUACAUGUGAGAUAAAACUGUAGGGUUACUUCAUUCUGAACUGUUCAGAAAGUUUGAAGCUGCCAGUAGGUAUAUUAAAAGCAUCGUUUGAGAAUCAUUACUUAAUUCCAUUUCAGUCAUAUCAUAAUCAAGGAAUAAUUCAACAUUGACCAUUAAAUUACUUUAAUAUCUCUAAACAGAUAAUCCAUUUGUAUGCGUAUAAAGACCCAUCGAUAAAAUAUUUAAAUGGCUAAACAUUUUUGUAAUUGUAUACAAUUAUGUUUUAUGUUAUUUGUAUAUGUAUUACUAUCGACAUACGUACGUUUAAGAAUUAUAUGCAUAAUUCGAUGUUAAACUUGUUUGAAUUUGCGUUUGGAUUUUCAUCGAUGGUAUACGUCACAAGAUAUAAUGCUUUUCGCUGUAUCGAUAACAUAAAAACAUUCUACAAAGAUAUAACUUACAUUAUAUACGAAAAGCGAACAUUAUACUAUUUCGACUCUUGGAUGUGUAUUCAUUGAAACAUGUAGUAGCAAUGCGUGUAUGCGUACAACGGCAGUCACACAAUGUAAAACGUUCUUAAUUAAUAACAAAUGCAAUGUAUUGCAAGAAAUCGUUUAUAUAUUUGGAUCAUGGUGUUAUCUGAUUCAUGCUUCAAUACAAUCGAAUUAAAAAAUAUAGAAUUUAAAAAUAAUGAAACUUUUCUGACUUUCAGAUAGGUACAUCUAAGAUACAGUUUGAGUUUAAGGACAUACAUGCAUUACAUUUUGCAGAAUGUAAUUAACGAGAUAUUUAAAAAAUUACUAACUGGCAUCAGGUGGAAAUAUUAAUAAUAGAUAUUUAAAUCUAGAUGUCGUAAACUAUAGAAAUUAUUAAUUAAUUAUACCAUUGCCAUUUUUUGACCAGUCUUUGUUUGCCGUCAUACCAAACUAAGUAGUAGUUAAGAAUCUCAGCACUCCAUUUCGAAAUGAAAGGCACAUUUUGGAAAUUGCCUCUGCAUUUACUAAUACAAAUGCACAAGUCCAUCCAAUGGAAAACAUUCAAUGAAGAUGCUGUUAUAGUUUGAACAACUAUAUGAUUAAUAUUUGCAUAAUAUCCAUCCAGGAGUGCUCAAUAUUAAUGCGAAUCUAAGUGUGUCUGAUGGCAAACAGAAUAAAGCAAUAUAUAAAAUUAAGAAACCUAUUUUAACAAAAAGAAAGAUGGGUGUAAUAUUUCUUAAGUUAUACUUCAAAAUUAUGAUUCUUUGGAAUUACUUUACUGAUCUCUAUUAUAUGUGUAAUCAUUAUGAUUUCUCCAUCUUGUUUACAUUGAAAAGCUGAUAAUUUGAAAGCACAAAACUGCACCUAUUAAUUCUCUGAAACACAGCUUGAAUAUGUACUUGAAUAUUAGCUUGACUCUUAAUAAUUGUGAUUCAACUGUUCUAGAAAAUUAAAUACGUUACCCGACUCUCUUUUAAUGGCUACGCAAUUGAAAACCUGUAUAAAUUUUUAGAACUGCAUGUUUCAAGGGAUUAAAACCAUAUGUUUACUAAGGCAAACGAUUUUAAAACAGAGAGGUUUAAAGUAGAGUACCUCUGGAACGUUAUAACUUCUUAUGGAGUGAUAUUGACAUGGAAAUGGACAGAAAAUGAGUAGUAUGAAUUGUAAUAGAUUUUAAAAGAGUAGACGGAAAUUAGUAUCAUGAAUAUAGCAUUAAUCAAACAUGCAUACGUACAAACCAAAUGUGUAUUAUUUUCAUAUAAUGUAAAGGCAUCAUAUUUUUAUCAGUCUGAUGAAUGAUUCGCAUUUAGUUUAUGUCUAAGUAUGAUAGUGUACUACACGACUUUAUUUAAUUAUUCCGUAGACAAGAACAUAAUUGUACAAAAACAAAUAAGUUACGAAUGGAAUAUACAGAACGUAUUUGCAAUACUACUGGAACUAAUAAACAACUUGAGAUCAUUGUUAGCCGCCAAUAUACAUAGAAAUUUAAAUUGCGCAAAAGAAUGUUGUAGUUGCAAGAGCCUUAAGUUUCUCUUGAUUAAGGUUUUGUUCCCAUUGUCGCCGUUAAAAUGCAAAACUUGUAUAAAACUAUGAAUAAUCUGAAGGCAUAUUUGUAUAUGUAAAAUAUUAGCUGCAUAGCUUUACAGUUUAUUGCAAAGUCUUUCUUUCCCAUUUAGAGUUAUUUACAGCAGAAAUCGUGGGAUAGAUAGAGAAUUAUGUACCAUGCUCCACUACAUAUUGUAUGUAGCUUUUUCUCAAUAUUAUCAUAAAUUUUUUGUAUACAUUAAACAUAAGUGUGAUGAAAAGAACGCCUACAUUAUCGUCUAAUCCUUCUUACUCGGUAAUAAAAAAAAUGUUCAAUAUUCUUCCGCAAUUACAUAGUAUCAUUAUAAAGAUACGAGUACAAGAGGUAUAUAAACUGGGUAAUGACGAUUAAAAUUAACAAAUAAAAUUAUAUUGCGUCUCGA